AAUACGAUUAUUAGUUGUUAUUAACAAUAAAAAAAAAGUCGCAUUUGGGUUGCUGAAGAAGAAAUCAUGACAUCGCGUCAUGGAAGUUCAUCUUCACGUAGACUCAUGUCAUCAUCAUCAUCGACAUCUUCAUCUUCCCGCAAAAAGAGAACAAAUAAUCAAAACAAUAAUGAAAACAUUACUCAAAAUCUCGCUGCGGAUUCUAACCGAAAAUCUCUCACAAAUUCACGUUCAUCUCUGGCCAUAACUGGAGAGCGUACCGUGAGAAGAUUGCGCCUAUCAAGGGCUCUGACUGUACCUGACACAACAACAAUAUAUGAAGCCUGUUGUCGGAUGGCUUCUCGAAGAGUUGAUGCUCUUUUGCUUACUGACUCGAAUGCACUACUCAGUGGUAUAUUGACAGAUAAGGAUGUUGCAACAAAAGUUAUUCCUCACGAGAUUGAUUUUAUGACCACACCUGUCUCAAAGGUGAUGACAAAGAACCCGAUAUAUGUGUUGUCUGAUACCCUUGCCGUGGAAGCUCUGCAAAAGAUGGUCCAAGGAAAAUUUAGACACUUGCCUGUUGUAGAGAAUGGCGAGGUUAUUGCUUUGCUUGACAUAGCCAAAUGUUUGUACGAUGCUAUUGCACGCAUGGAAAGGGCAGCUGAAAAGGGGAAGGCUAUAGCAGCUGCUGUUGAAGGUGUGGAGAAACACUGGGGAACUUCUUUUCCUGGUCCCAAUACAUUCAUUGAAACACUUCGAGAUAAGAUGUUUAAGCCUACCUUGUCAACCAUUAUCUCGGAGAAUUCAAAGAUUGUGACUGUUUCACCAUUCGACACAGUUGUGAUGGCAACAAAAAAGAUGCUCGAGUUUCGUAGUAGCUCUGCCAUUGUAACAGUUGAUAAUAAGCCACGAGGGAUUCUAACCUCUAAAGAUAUUUUAACAAGGGUGAUAGCACAAGAUAUUCCAGCUGAAUCAACCUUAGUGGAGAAGGUAAUGACUCCAAACCCUGAAUGUGUCACUAUUGACACACCUAUUGUCGAUGCCCUGCAUACGAUGCAUGAUGGAAAGUUUUUACAUCUUCCUGUUGUUGAUAGAGAUGGAUUUAUUGUUUCCAUUGUUGAUGUACUCCACAUCACUCAUGCUGCAAUAGCCACAGUGGGAAAUGCUACAGGUACCAAUAAUGAGGUGGGAAGUUCAAUGAUGCAAAAGUUUUGGGACUCUGCAAUGGCAUUAUCUCCCAUAGAUGAUGAAGAUGAUACACGAAGUGAGAGUUCCGUGAAAUUGCCUUCUGAAAAUGGAGACACUGGAAAAUCUCCCGCCUAUCCUUCAUCCUCUCAUCCUAAUACAUUUGCUUUCAAAAUUCAAGAUAAGAUGGGUCGGAUGCAUAGAUUUAUUUGUGAUUCUCGAAGUUUGACAGAUCUUAUAACUGCAAUAAUUCAGAGACUAGGGGGUGAGAUCGACCGCAACAACCUCCCACAGAUUCUGUAUGAAGAUGAAGACCAGGAUAAAGUCGUGAUUUCAUCAGACUAUGAUCUUAGCGUAGCUGUAGAACAUGCACACUUAGCUGGUUGGAAGGGAUUAAAGUUGCAUCUAGAUUAUUAUGGAACGUCUAAUCGUCAAAUAGGCUCAAAACCAUCAUCAGUGGGUAUGGAGGUUGCCCAAGCCGAUGCAUGGGCUUCUGCAUACAGUGCUGCUGCAGCUGGAGCUGCCUUAGUAGCUGGACUAGGGAUGUUAGCCAUCUUAAGAAGAUCCAGUAAUUGAGAUUAACUUUUGUAUCCGUUACCAUUACGAAGAUGUGAAGAUAAAGAUGAGCCAAAUGAAGUUGGUUGGAGGGUGCUUCUUUGCUCUUUGUCCAUUUCCGUGGGUUUACAUAUAUACUUGAAAAGAAAAUGAAAGUAAAAAGGAAAACAAAAGCCUCAGCUCAUUGAGCUACAUACAUGUACUUGAAAUUUUAUAAAAAAAUUGCAAUGGAAUGCCAAUUUGAAGUUUUUAUAA